AUGAGAAGGAGCCGGAAGAGCAGGAUGAGCCAGUUGACCGUCGUGCAGCCGGCAGCAGGGAGAGUGGAGAACGGCGGGGAAAAUGGCACAGAGAGCCCCUCGUUGAAUCUUGAAGAGCUGUUUCCGACGUACGAACCGCGCUGCCCAGGAAACAUGUUAGCUUCUGGGCACUUUCUUUGGAUGUACACAUAUCCCUGCGACAGCUAUGAUCAUCACCCGGCGGCGUAUACCAUUUCUAAAUCUAUUGUCCCUAUCCGUACAUAUGGGACACCCCGGAGUCAGCUCAGCGACACUGAGCUAGACUCGGCCUUACCGCAAGCCCGCCAGUAUUACGCUUCAAACCUGUCAAGCCUACAGCCUACCUUAGACUUUGAGAAAAUUCACCCCUGCAACUGGCAACCUUCUAGAAGGAGGGCACCCCCACAAUGGAUGUUUCUUGGAAGGCAGAGAGAUGUCUUACUGGCCGGAGGCGUAGUGGAGAAGGCAGAAACUCUCGUCUUCUGUCUUUCUGGGCGCAGCCAAAUUCAUCACCGAAAGCAUCGAUCCCUCAACCUCACCCACCCCCUCCUCCAUGCUCUUGUCUCUGGCGGGUCCAAUUGUAUUCUCCAUUACAAUGCCCAGCACCGCUCUCAGCCUCUCGAGGAGCGGGCUGCCCAGAAUGAGGCCCGCUGCCCAGAGUCUCGGCAGCUCGACAUGGCAGGCGAGGGCGUCGAGAUCCAACCAAGAUCUGGAUUGCGUGCUAUUGAAUCGCUCGCCCUGGGGGUACCCUUGAAAGAGCCCCGCGCAGAGCCGCCAAGGCUGAAGGAAUACGCCCUCGACACCCAUGAGAACGCUUGUCACGGACCGCGAGGAAACUGA